AUGCCCUCAGCCGACGUCUCGUCCUCUUCCGCGAAACCCAAUGGUACCAGCUCGAGCCGUGAAGAGCUGGCAUACUACAAGGCGCAAUAUGAACAACUCGAAUCGGAGUUGUCGGAGUUCCAGGCCUCCAGUCGGGAGUUGGAGGCGGAGCUGGAAAAGGACAUCGAGGCAUCGGAGAAGCGCGAGCGACAACUGAAGGAGAAGGUGGAUGUCAUGAAGUAUCAGGUGGAGGAAUGGAAGUCCAAAUACAAGCAGUCCAAGUCGGAGGGCGACGCCGCCCAGAAUCGCCUACAGAAAGAAAUCACCUCGUUGCGCGAUGUCAAUCGAACCCUUCAGCUGAAGUUACGAGACAUCGAAGUUGCGAAUGAUGAUUACGAACGCCAGGCUCGCCAUACCACUUCAUCCCUGGAGGAUCUGGAGUUCAAGUACAACAUGGCCAUCGAAAGAGGAGUCCUCCUGGAGGAGGAAAUCAAGACGGGAGAACAGGAGCGAGAAGAUCUCCGUAUUCAGAAUCAACGCCUCCUCAGUGAUCUAUCGGAGCAGAGGAUCGAAACCGAAAUCGUCCAGGAGAAGCUCCGCAAUAUGGACAUGAAUGGCGGCCGCCGCAGAAAACCCGCUCCAUUGGGCCGCAGUCCGUCCACGCCGCAGACUCCCGAGAUCUUCGAUCGCUCCCCGUCGACAUCCAUCGUGUCUUCGCCUUUGUUUGCCACGCCUCCGAUGAAAUCGUCGCUGAUCUCCGCCGCUGCGACUCCCCCCUCGCCACCCAUUUCCGAGUCGUCCAUCAGCAUGCGCAAGUCCAUCACUGCAACACCUGGCUUCCCUUUCCAACGGGCUUCGGCUUCCGAACUUGGGUCUCGGUCGUUGCAUGGAUCCAGGACGCAGAGAUACAACUCUCACUCUUACUCCAAUCACAACGGCAACACGAACAGCCAUCACAAUACCAAUCACUCUCGUGCAACUUCCUUUGCUUUUAGCACUGGCCGCAAUAACUCGUCGAUCACCUCCCGUCCCGGUCUACCGAAAGCGAACACGGCCGCCACUCGAUCGGCGGCUGGAGGACUCCCCAAGUCGGGAUCUUUGUGCCAGAUCCGCGGCCUGAUCGGCAAGAUGCAAAAGCUGGAAGAGAGGGUCCAAUCGGCCAAAUCCAAGCUACCGCCACCCUCAAGCUCCCCAUCUCGGGCCUCGUCGCGCUCGGGAUCGGUGGUGGGCGAAAGUCCCGUCGCUUCUACUAUUACGGCUCGCAGAAACUCCCGCAAGCGAUUGAGCGGCAGCAGCUUCAACUCCUCGGUUCACGGCGACAGCGCCUCGUCCUAUAUGACGCACAAUCGACCUUCUCUUAGCGCUCGGACUCAGGGCGACAGCCGACCUAGUAGCCGCACGAGCUACUCUAGCUCUUUCAGCCAGAGUACCCACCCAAGUAUCACGCCGUCCAACCGUCCCGAAAGUCGCCAGAGUCGCACCAAGACGCCGCUCGGACAUUAUUCGACCAACCCGACUACGGAAAGUCGGCGACCUCGGUCUUCCCUCAGCAACCCGUCGGCUCAUGGUGCUCCUGUCAACGGAAUGGCUCACAUUGACGAAGACGAGGAUCUGGCGUUCCGCAUGUCUGUGCGGGCUAAGAUUAGUGAGGCUCGCGAGACCCGUCUCGGCUCGUUCUCCUCUUCCCCCACCACCCCUACUACGAAUGGAAUUAACGGGGUAAAUGGGGUGAAUGGCAUCAAUGGGCUGAAGAAGCGCACUCCCAGUGGAAUCUCCGCCAUCCCAGCACCUCGAAGCCUUCGGGCCAAUAGCGGGCUGGAACGGGGAAAAAUCAACAUGGGGCCGCUAUCCGAGCCGCAACCCCAGGCCCAAGACUUGGGCGAAACGUUCUAA